UAGUGACCCUAAUUAACACCACAUUUGUGGCAUUCAUUCCUUAUAUUUAGAUUAACUUAUGCCAAUCAUGCAUCCACAUUAACCUUUGUGACACUCUUGCUGAUUCAUUUUCAUCAGACAAUUAGAAACUAUCGCUAAUGGCGGCACGGAACCUUUGCUGCAUGGCACUGCGAUCGUCAAAGCAUAUCUCUCGCCCUUCCCAUCUUCUCUCUGUUCAGAUGCGGAUGCAGAUGCAGAUGCUGUCCUCUUCUCCUCCUCUCACCCGAAAGAUGAGCAUGAAUACACAGAGUGUUGCUUCCAAGCUUAAUAGUUCUGGAUUGCUGAGGACUCAGGGCCUUAUUGGAGGGAAAUGGAGUGACGCUUAUGAUGGAAAAACCAUACAGGUUUAUAAUCCAGCAACAGGUGAAUCUAUUGCAGAUGUUGCAUGCAUGGGUGGAAGAGAGACGAAUGAUGCAAUUUCUGCAGCUUAUACUGCAUAUCGAUCAUGGAGCAAAACCACUGCUGCUGAAAGAAGCAAAUUUUUGAGGAAAUGGUAUGAUUUGCUAAUGGCACAUAAAGAAGAACUUGCACAACUUAUAACCUUGGAGCAGGGGAAAACUUUUAAAGAGUCUAUUGGUGAGAUAAACUAUGGGGCUGGAUUUAUUGAGUUUUCAGCUGAGGAGGCAAAACGUGUAUAUGGGGAUAUAAUUCCUGCACCUUUAUCUGAUCGAAGAUUGUUUGUUCUUAAGCAGCCUGUAGGGGUUGUAGGUGCAAUUACACCUUGGAACUUUCCCCUUGCUAUGAUUACUCGAAAGGUUGGUCCAGCCCUUGCAUGUGGCUGUACAGUGGUCAUAAAACCCUCUGAACUGACACCUCUCAGUGCUUUAGCCGCCGCAGAACUCUCCAUUCAAGCUGGAAUACCAGCGGGUGUUGUGAAUGUUGUAAUGGGAAAUGCUCCUGAAAUUGGGAACACUUUGCUUGCAAGUCCACAGGUAAGGAAGAUCACAUUCACAGGCUCGACAGCUGUUGGAAAGAAAUUAAUGGCUGGUUCAGCUGAGACAGUUAAAAAAGUAUCUCUGGAACUUGGUGGCAAUGCACCUUGCAUAGUUUUUGAUGAUGCUGACCUUGAUGUUGCAGUAAAAGGAACUCUUGCAGCAAAGUUCCGUAAUAGUGGACAAACAUGCGUUUGUGCAAAUAGAAUUAUUGUACAAGAUGGUAUAUAUGAAAAAUUUGCAAAUGCACUCCGUGAUGCUGUUUUGAAUAUGAAAGUUGGUGAUGGUUUUAGUGAAGAUGUGGCACAGGGCCCUCUAAUCAAUGAAGCUGCUGUGGAAAAGGUUGAGUCCUUAAUUCAUGAUGCUACAUCAAAGGGGGCCAAAGUAAUUCUUGGGGGUAAAAGACAUAGCCUUGGAUUUACAUUUUAUGAACCAACGGUGAUCAGUGAUGUCAACACUGAUAUGCGCAUAUCCAGAGAGGAAGUAUUUGGACCUGUUGCACCCCUUUUGAGAUUCAAAACUGAAGAGGAUGCUAUCAGAAUUGCUAACGACACCAACGCAGGUCUGGGUUCAUACGUAUUUACAAACAGUAUCCAACGAUCAUGGCGUGUAGCUGAGGCUCUAGAAUAUGGACUUGUUGGUAUUAAUGAAGGAGUAAUUUCAACUGAGGUGGCUCCUUUCGGUGGUUUUAAACAAUCCGGGCUCGGAAGAGAAGGCUCCAAAUAUGGAAUGGAUGAAUAUUUAGAGAUAAAAUAUGUGUGCUUGGGAAACAUGAACAAAGAAUGAAGUAUGACGGUGCCAAGUUAAAAGAGAGGACUUGAAGCAUAUGCAUAGAUCUGCGUGCUUGUUGUACACAAAUAAAAACAGACUUUGUUCUGUUCCUUUUUCUGUUUCUGUUUUUCAUUUCUUUCUUUGAGAUCUUAUUCAAUAUUGAAAAUUGCUCUGUAUAAGAUACGAGGUUAAAAAAACAAUGCAAAAAUAGCCUUUUGACCCUUCUGCGGUAA